AUGGAUUCGUAUAUUCUUUUGGCAGAAGCUGUAACAGAGUUUGAAUCUGAUUACAACGGCAUACCCGCCGCAGAACAAAACAAACAUGGUCUUGCUAUUCAACAAGACGAGUUAAAAGCUUUGUGGGAAAAAAACAAAGCCCAAGCCAAACGCAAUUCAACAAAGUCAAACAAGCAUACAAGCAAAAACGUGAAGUCUUGCUAUGCGAAUACAAACACAGGUGUGUUAUUAGGGACAGCACGCGUCAACAUUUAUCUCAAUGGUACGAACUAUUCCGCUAGAGCACUUAUUGAUUCUGGUUCAGAGUGUUCUUUCAUUACUGAAAGACUAAAACGCAGAAUUCACUUGCCGUCAAAGCGUAUGCAUGCCCAAGUUUCGGGCAUCACUAAUACAACUACGGCGCAGGUUAAAGAAGCGUGCAACAUCGAAUUGCGGUCUCCUGUUGACCCGUUGUUCCGCUUAAAUACCUCUGUGCUUGUGCUAGCACAACUGACUGGAAAUCUUCCUACUUGCCACAUUAGUGCAGUGACUAAGCAAGCAUUUCCAGAUCUAAUUCUAGCGGAUAAACGAUUUUUCGUCAAUGAACCCGUAGACCUUGUUCUGGGUGGCGACAUAUAUCCACAAAUUAUUCUGAGCGGGCUUAAGAAAAACAUAUUAAACACACUUCUGGCCCAAGAAACAGUAUUUGGCUGGAUAAUAACAGGGCGAACUGAUACCUCGAAUCCAGGAACGAAUAUCGUCUCAUACUACAGCGAAGUUAGUCUGGACAAGCAACUGAGUGCUUUUUGGGAGCUUGAGGAGAUUCCAAAGAACAAGAGCCUUAAUGAAGACGACAAGUACUGCGAGGAGCUGUAUCAGAAGACAACCAUACGAAAUAAUGAAGGAAAAUACAUCGUGUCACUACCAUUUAGGAAAGAUUUUCCAGGAAAUAUUUCCCUAGGCCCAUCCCUUAAAAGAGCAUGUUCUCAAUUUUACCGGAAUGAGACACGGCUGGCCAAGGAUCCCGUCCUGCAAAAGGAAUACAAUAGGGUUCUAGCGGAAUAUGAAACGCUUGGGCAUAUGUCGAAAAUAACAAAUCCCAUACCCGCAGACUCGUCUGAUAAUUAUUUUCUGCCGCACCACGCUGUUAUAAAGGCAGAAAGUACUUCAACGAAAGUACGCGUGGUGUUCAAUGCCUCAAGCCCAACGGCGAAUGGCAACAGCCUAAAUGAC